GGGAUGCUGGGCGCGCUCCCCGAGGGACCGGGGUGGAGUUGAUGGGGCGGGGAGGGGGCAGAGCGAGCAGGAUUCUGGCGCUGAUUGGCCUGUGAGGCCGACCGGCCCCCAGCGCUGGUCCUCAGCGGGCGCUGCGGCCUGGGGCUGAGAUGUGAGGGGCAGCGGGCGGGCUCCCGGCGGUGAAGGCUGUGAGCUGCGGCGGCUGCGGCGAGGGCGGCGCAGGCGGGCGGGCGAGGCCAGCGGGCGCCGUGGGCGGCCGGCCUUGUCGGCCGCGGGAUGAGGAAACGGACCGAGCCCGUCACCUUGGAGCAUGAGCGCUGCGCCGCCUCGGGUUCAUCCUCCUCCGGCUCGGCCACCGCGGCGCUGGACGCCGACUGCCGCCUGAAUCAGAACCUGCGCCUGGCCGGCAAGGGGCCGGAGCCCCGUUGUGCAGCCGACUCGGGCAUGAAGCGGACGCUGGGCAGACGAAAGGGCCUAUGGUUCCGACUGAGGAAGAUACUUCUCUGUGUUUUGGGGUUGUACAUUGCCAUUCCAUUUCUGGUCAAACUAUGUCCUGGGAUACAGGCCAAAUUGAUAUUCUUGAAUUUUGUGAGGGUUCCCUAUUUCAUUGACUUGAAAAAACCACAGGAUCAAGGUUUGAAUCACACAUGCAAUUACUACCUCCAGCCAGAAGAAGAUGUGACUAUUGGAGUCUGGCAUACCAUCCCUGCUGUCUGGUGGAAGAAUGCCCAAGGAAAGGACCAGAUGUGGUAUGAGGAUGCCUUGGCUUCCAACCAUCCCAUCAUUUUGUACCUGCAUGGGAAUGCAGGGACCAGAGGAGGCGACCACCGGGUGGAGCUCUAUAAGGUGCUGAGUUCCCUCGGUUACCAUGUGGUCACCUUUGACUACAGAGGUUGGGGUGACUCAGUAGGAACACCAUCGGAGCGGGGCAUGACAUAUGAUGCACUCCACGUUUUUGACUGGAUCAAAGCAAGGAGUGGUGACAACCCUGUGUAUAUUUGGGGCCAUUCCCUGGGCACUGGGGUGGCGACAAAUCUAGUACGGCGCCUCUGUGAGCGAGAGACACCUCCAGAUGCCCUUAUAUUGGAAUCUCCAUUCACUAAUAUCCGAGAAGAAGCAAAGAGCCAUCCAUUUUCAGUGAUAUAUCGAUACUUUCCUGGGUUUGACUGGUUCUUCCUGGAUCCCAUUACAAGCAGUGGAAUUAAGUUUGCAAAUGAUGAAAAUGUGAAGCACAUCUCCUGUCCCCUGCUUAUCCUGCAUGCUGAAGAUGACCCCGUCGUGCCCUUCCAGCUUGGCAGAAAGCUCUAUAACAUUGCUGCACCAUCUCGAAGCUUCCGAGACUUCAAAGUUCAGUUUAUCCCCUUUCAUUCAGACCUUGGCUACAGGCACAAAUACAUCUACAAGAGCCCCGAGCUUCCACGGAUACUGAGGGAAUUCCUAGGGAAGUCAGAAGCUGAGCGCCAGCACUGAACCUGGCCUGGGAAGGGAGCAUGAARACCUGCCCUCCUCCCCUUUUCCUCUGGUCUGCAGCCCCGGCCCCUGGAACCCGGGGAGUGCCACACCUGCGGUGCUCAAGAGCCUGGUGCAUACCUGGAGAGAGGACUCAGAUGCAGCCUGGCAGGCAAAGAGGUCCUGCCGGUGACCAAACAUGUAUCUGUGUGGACGGUGUUGGUGGCAGGCAUGGGGCCACUCUCCCUCUCCUGCCACUCUAUCUGAGCUCUUGCUGGGAACACUUACAGCAGCAGCGCACUUGGCCCCACUUGGUUGAUCCCUUACUUUCUGAGCCAGGCAUGGAGAGCCUGGGCAGGGGGCUCAGGGGCUCGGGACCACUCUGAGCUUUCUGACACCACCUGCCAAGAGUGUGGAGACAUGGCUUAUUUCUGCCCUUCCAGACACAGGCAGAACGGACUCCAGCAGUUGGAUUAUCUCCUCUGGCCCUGUGCAUACUGCUUGCCUUUCUGGGCCAACUCUGCCUCCCCUGGGUGUCCGCUCACCCACAGCAAGAGUGCCCGGGAUCUGCACUUCUCUCAUUCCACCCACCUGUCCUCCUAACCUGGCCGUAGACUGAGCAUUUAUUUAAGAAUAAAAUUGUGGUGGUG